GCUGUUUUCAAGAAUAUCUCUGAGUAUAUUAUUAUAUAUAACAAUUUAUGAGAUUGGUAAUCAAUCUCGCAAUGAGUGAAUGACAGCAAAGUAUAACAUUGUGAAGAAUUCGACCCGCUUGGAUGUAGCAUGAAUCCCUUGACUGCCUCGUAGUUAGUGUCGGUCCUGUCAAAGGGGGACGCCACCACCAUGACUGCUACGAGGCAUAAACUCACGAGACUGUGGCUAAUUCCUCAAUUCAGACUUUUCUACAUCAUCUUAUUCUGUGCUAUCUUGUUGGGCCUCAUCGUCGUGGGAAUCUUGCAGUUCUGGCCUCUUUCAGCUGAUCAAGACCUAUCAUCAGUUUUCCGCCAAACAUUAGAAAAUCCAUCCCUCGUAAAAGAUGUGACAAUCCAGAAAGACAGUCCACGGACAAAUUUCAUUCAAUACGAUUGCACUUUUCACACAUGCUUUGAUGUUUAUCACUGCGGUUAUAAUGACGAGAAUCAAAUCAGCAUUUAUAUCUACCCACUAUCCCGUUACAUUGACGAAAAUGGUGUAUCCGUGACACUGCCACUAUCUAAGGAAUUCUAUGAAAUCCUUGAGACUAUUGCGGACAGUGGUUAUCAUACAAAUGAUCCUGACCAGGCAUGUCUGUUCGUUCCGUCGGUGGAUCUGCUGAAUCAGAACAAUCUUAGGAAGGAAGAGAUUGGCCAAGUAUUGGCUAGUCUGCAUAGAUGGAACCGUGGUCAAAAUCAUCUCCUCUUCAACAUGCUGCCAGGGAGCCUACCUGACUUUCACACUGCCUUGGAUGUUGACCGGGGCAAGGCUAUCUUGGCAGGGGGAGGCUUCUCCACAUGGUCCUACAGACGGGGCUAUGAUAUCGCCAUACCAGUCUUCAAUCCUUUGGUAGCUGAUAUUCAGUUACCACACAAGUCAUAUUUAGACAGCAGGAAGUGGCUUGUUGUCUCCUCACAGUUUAAUAUUCAUUCUGAGUAUCGGUUUGACUUGAAUGUCUUGGAGCGCCAGAAUGAGGAAUUAUUGGUGCUAGAUAGAUGUGACAGUGAGAUGGAAGGUAACCGGUUCAACUUCACGAAGAGGUGCCAUGGUAGUCAUGAGUAUGACUAUCCCCAAGUUCUCCAGGAUGCCACAUUCUGUUUGAUCCUCCGUGGAGCACGACUUGGUCAGACUGCAUUCUCUGAUGCUCUCAAGGCAGGCUGUAUCCCAGUUGUACUUAUUGAUGGCUUUGUCAUGCCCUUCUCUGAGGUACUAGACUGGAAAAGGGCCUCUAUCUCCAUCUAUGAAGAUAACAUCCAAGAAGUAGUCAAUAUCCUCAAAGCCGUCUCAUCAGACCGAGUCCACAACAUGAGGAAACAGGUCCAGUUCCUAUGGAAACAAUACUUCAGCUCGAUGAGGGUCAUCACGCUAACGACAUUGCGCAUUAUGAAUGACCGUGUGUUCCCGUACGCUGCCAAGAAGUAUGAAGAUUGGAAUGACCCUCCAGAUAAGGCGGGUGUGAUGAGUCCUCUCUUCCUUCCCCUUCUCCCACCGAAGGCUUUUGGCUUUACAGCCGUGGUCCUCACCUAUGACCGACUGGAGUCGCUCUUCAAAGCUAUCAACAAGUUGGCUAAAGUGCCUAGCCUUGUUAAGGUGCUAGUUGUAUGGAACAAUCAAAAUAAAUCCCCACCUCCAGCUUCAGUUUGGCCUAAAAUUGGCAAACCUCUCAAGGUCGUUCAAACACGUCACAAUAGGCUAAGCAACAGGUUUUAUCCCUAUGAUGAGAUAGAGACAGAGGCGAUCCUUGCUCUAGAUGAUGAUAUAGUCAUGUUGACCACUGAUGAGCUAGAGUUUGGCUAUGAGGUGUGGCGGGAGUUUCCCGACCGGCUUGUGGGAUUUCCUUCCCGACUUCACCUCUGGGACAACACAACGAGAAAAUGGAAAUAUGAAUCUGAAUGGAGCAGUGAAAUAUCUAUGGUGCUGACUGGGGCUGCUUUUUAUCAUAAAUAUUACAGUUACAUGUACACCAAUGCAAUGCCAGGGAACAUCAAAACAUGGGUGGAUGACCAUAUAAACUGUGAAGAUCUUGCAAUGAACUUCCUUAUCGCAAAUGUUACGGGUAAAGCACCGAUCAAAGUCACGCCACGCAAGAAAUUCAAAUGUCCAGAGUGCAAGAAUAUAGAAAUGUUGUCGGCGGAUGUGACCCAUAUGGUGGAACGGACUGAAUGUAUCAACAGAUUUGCCGAUGUUUAUGGAACUAUGCCUCUUAAGACUGUAGAGUUUCGGGCAGAUCCUGUCUUGUACAAGGAUAAUUUGCCGGGCAAGUUGAAAGAGUUUAAUUCUGUUGGAACUCUCUGAAUCGCUAUUCAAAGUUCGAAAGAGUUGUGUCUUCUACUCGGUUUGUAGUUUUCCGGCACAGGAAUGUUGAAGCCUCGUUGAUAUGCCAUUGGCCGAAUGCUGGCAGCAGUUUGCAGGAUCAUUGUUGCGGCGAUGUCCGCAGAGCACAAAACUAAAUCAAAGUGCUGAACGCGAUCACAAUAAAACGGAACUGCACGAACGUAUAUACAUGCAUAAAGUUAAUACGGCGAAUGAAAUGUUUUUCUCAGGCGAAAACCCUCGAGGGAACGAAAUCGCGAUCUAAUUCGGGCGUAUUCACGCCAUCCGACAAAUAUAAUCACAAAAUACGAAUUGACACAAUACGACACAAAAAAACGAAUGAUUUCUCCAAAAUGACGAAGAUCUUAUCUUUCCAUCUGCCUAAACGUUGAUUUUCGAUGUUUGUUAGAAAUUCAGAAUUUUCUCGAUGGAAAAUGACACACACGCGAAACACUCUAUCGUAUUCCUCUCAGAACUGUGUGUGUGACGUCAUCGCUCGCGCAAGCUGUCCUUAUUAAAAGGGGCCUAAUUUAUUUCCCGCGUCUCUGUUCACCCUUUCGGGUCGGGUUUUUCAAUACUUGCGGCUUCGUCAGAACAAUCAUUGCGAAAUACUCACUAACUGGAACAAAGUAACUACAAAAGAUGCAAUAAUUUUACAGCGUUGUAAUUGUAUUUAUUUAUGAAAUUAUAUCAAUGUAUGUUACAUGUAGUCUGAAUUAUAAAUA